AUGUCUUCAAUCAGCUCUUCUCCAGAUACCAGCUUCUCUAUAGGAUCAAGUUACUCCUCCAGCUCCUCUUUGGGGCCCACAACUUCUACUUUCCCAAGCUCCUCAUCAGAUUCAACCAUGUCUUCCUUCCAAUCCACCACUUCUCCAACUGAUUCUUCUGUGGAUUCGACUACAACUAGCUCCAGCACCAGUGAGGAAGCAACCAUGUCUUCAAUCUACUCCAACUCCAGCUCUUCCAUAGACACCAGCUCUUCUAUGGGAUCAAGUACUUCUUCAACGUCGGACACAACCACUUCUUCAACCUUUUCCACGUCAUCCUUGAAUUCAACCACUUCUCCAACUACCACCACUGAGGACUCUACUUACUCAAGCUCUUCCAUAGGCUCACAAACCUCUUCAACUUACACCAGCUCUUCUUCAGGCUACGCCUCAUCCAGCUCCUCUUUGGAGCCCACAAUUUCUACUUCCCCAAGCUCCUCAUCAGAUUCAACCAUUUCCUCCUCCGAAGCCACCACUUCAACUGAUUCCUCUGUGGAUUCAACUGCUUCAUCUAGCUCCAACACCAGUGAGGAAACAACCAUGUAUUCAAUCAGCUCUUCUCCAGACACCAGCUCAUCUAUAGGAUCAAGUACCUCUUCAACUAAUUCGACUACAGCUAGCUCCAGCACCACUGAGGAAACAACCACUUCUUCAAUCUACUCCAACUCAAGCUCUUCCAUAGACACCAGCUCCUCUAUGAGAUCAAGUACCUCUUCAACUACGAACACAACCACUUCUUCAAGCUUUCCCACACCAUCCAUGAAUUCAACCACUUCUUCAACUACCAUCACUGAGGACUCUACUUACUCAAGCUCUUCCAUAGGCUCACAAACCUCUUCAAAUUACACUAGCUCUUCUUCAGGCUACUCCUCCUCCAGCUCCUCUUUGGCGUCUUCCUUCCAAUCCACCACUUCUCCAACUGAUUCUUCUGUGGAUUCGACUACAGCUAGCUCCAGCACCAGUGAGGAAGGAACUAUGUCUUCAAUCUACUCCAACUCCAGCUCUUCCAUAGACACCAGUUCCUCUAUAGGAUCAAGUACCUCUUCAACUACAGACACAACCACUUCUUCAACCUUUUCCACAUCAUCCUUGAAUUCAACCACUUCUCCAACUACCACCACUGAGGACUUUACUUACUCAAGCUCUUCCAUAGGCUCACAAACCUCUAGCUACACCAGCUCUUCUUCAGGCUACUCCUCCAGCUCCUCUUUGGAGCCCACCACUUCUACUUUCCCAAGCUCCUCAUCGGAUUCAACCACGUUCUCCUCCAAAGCCACCACUUCAACUGAUUCCUCUGUGGAUUCAACUGCUUCAUCUAGCUCCAAAACCAGUGAGGAAACAACCAUGUCUUCAAUCAGCUCUUCUCCAGACACCAGCUCCUCUAUAGGAUCAAGUACCUUUACAAUUACUUACUCAAGCUCUUCCAUAGGCUCACAAACCUCUUCAACUUACACCAGCUCUUCUUCAGGCUACUCCUCCUCCAGCUCCUCUUUGGAGCCCACAAUUUCUACUUCCCCAAGCUCCUCAUCAGAUUCAACCAUUUCCUCCUCCGAAGCCACCACUUCAACUGAUUCCUCUGUGGAUUCAACUGCUUCAUCUAGCUCCAACACCAGUGAGGAAACAACCAUGUCUUCAAUCAGCUCUUCUCCAGACACCAGCUCAUCUAUAGGAUCAAGUACCUCUUCAACUACAAACACAACCACUUCUUCAACCUUUUCCACAUCAUCCUUGAAUUCAACCACUUCUCCAACUACCGAUCAAGUACCUCUUCAACUACGAACACAACACUUCUUCAAGCUUUUCCACACCAUCCUUGAAUUCAACCACUUCUUCAACUACCACACUGAGGACUCUACUUACUCAAGCUCUUCCAUAGGCUCACAAACCACAUCAUCCUUGAAUUCAACCACUUCUCCAACUACCACCACUGAGGACUCUACUUACUCAAGCUCUUCCAUAGGCUCACAAACUUCUUCAAAUUACACUAGCUCUUCUUCAGGCUACUCCUCCUCCAGCUCCUCUUUGAAGCCCACAACUUCUACUUUCCCAAGCUCCUCAUCGGAUUCAACCACGUCUUCCUUCAAAUCCACCACUUCAACUGAUUCUUCUGUGGAUUCGACUACAACUAGCUCCAGCACCAGUGAGGAAGCAACCAUGUCUUCAAUCUACUCCAACUCCAGCUCUUCCAUAGACACCAGCUCCUCUAGAGGAUCAAGUACCUCUUCAACUACAAACACAACCACUUCUUCAAACUUUUCCACAUCAUCCUUGAAUUCAACCACUUCUCCAACUACCACCACUGAGGACUCUACUUACUCAAGCUCUUCCAUAGGCUCACAAACCUCUUCAACUUACACUAGCUCUUCUUCAGGCUACUCCUCAUCCAGUCCCUCUUCUGAACCCACUUUUUCUACUUAUACAAGCUCCUCAUCGGAUUCAACUACGUCCUACUCCGAAGCCACCACUUCAACUGAUUCCUCUGUGGAUUCAACUGCUUCAUCUAGCUCCAGCACCAGUGAGGAAACAACCAUGUCUUCAAUCAGCUCUUCCACAGACACCAGCUCCUCUAUAGGAUCAAGUACCUCUUCAACUACGGACACAACCACUUCUUCAAGCUUUUCCACAUCAUCCUUGAAUUCAACCACUUCUCUAACUACCAGAACUGAGGACUCUUCUUACUCAAGCUCUUCCAUAGGCUCACAAACCUCUUCAAAUUACACCAGCUCUUCUUCAGGCUACUCCUCAUCCAGUCCCUCUUCUGAACCCACUUUUUCUACUUAUCCAAGUUCCUCAUCGGAUUCAACCACGUCCUCCUCCGAAGCCACCACUUCAACUUAUUCCUCUUUGGAUUCAACUGCUUCAUCUAGCUCCAGCACCAGUGAGGAAACAACCAUGUCUUCAAUCUACUCCAGCUCCAGCUCUUCCACAGACACCAGCUCCUCUAUAGGAUCAAGUACCUCUUCAACUACGGACACAACCACUUCUUCAAGCUUUUCCACAUCAUCCUUGGAUUCCAGCACUUCUCCAACUACCACCACUGAGGACUCAAGCUCACAAACUACUUCAACUUACACCAGCACUUCUUCAGGCUACUCCUCCUCCAGCUCCUCUUUGGAGCCCACAAUUUAUACUUCCCCAAGCUCCUCAUCGCAUUCAACCACGUCUUCCUUCCAAUCCACCACUUCACCAACUGAUUCUUCUGUGGAUUCGACUACAGCUAGCUCCAGCACCAGUAAGGAAACAACCACCUCUUCAAUCUACUCCAGCUCUUCAGAAUCCUCCCAAAGCAGCUCUCCUUAUGCAGGCUCCUCUUUAUCUAUCUCUUCCACAAUUGCAAACACUUCUUUCGGAUCAAGUGCUCUGUCGACUCUCCCUGUAUACCCUACGGACUCUUCCAGUUCUGUGAAUUCAGCUACUCCAACUAGCUCCAGCACCAGUAAGGAAACAACCACGUCUUCAAUCUACUCCAGCUCUUCAAAAUCCUCCCAAAGCAGCUCUACUUAUGCAGCCUCCUCUUUAUCUAGCUCUUCCACCGAGCCCGCCAUAUCCUCAACAAUUGCAAACACUUCUUUCGGAUCAAGUGCUCUGUCGACUCUCACUGUAUACCCUACGGACUCUUCCACUUCGUUCACCUUUAUAACAACACCCCUAGAUUCGACCACUUAUUCAGCUUAUUUCAGUUCAAGUACUCCCUUUUCAACCACUUCUGCGGUAUACCCCAGUUCUUCCACAGAUUCGUCCGGUGGCAUGGCAGAUGAUAACGUUUAUGUAGUCGUGGUUAUAAUAAUUGUUGGAUUAAUAUUGGCCGCGAUCUUAGCUACCUGCUGCUUUUUCUUCUUUUUCGUUUUCAAGCGGAAACACCCUGUUCAGGAUCUCGAAGAACAGAUACCCGGAGAGGUUUCUGAUACAUAUACCGAAGAGAGUGGCUCGCUGUAUGAAAUAUCUAUACCAAGAGCUAAUCUCGUCCCUUUCACCCGCCAACUGACUCCGUGGGGCGUCCAGAAUCCUGUGACCAUCUCAGACGACGAGACCGAAGACCUAGACUUACCUGAGGACCGUGGACGCAAUCCUUACGCCCUUGGCCAGACGAAUCUUAACGAGUUUAGUCUGGAAAGAUUCCUGAGGGAUAUUGAGGAUACCCAACCUCCUACUCUUUCAGAAUCCUUCAGUCUCCCCAGACUGUAGAGAUAGUUUUUGAUACCGCGCCGGUGUCCAACUCAGUUAUAUUUCUGUGUGUAUUCAUGUAAAUAAUACGACGGAGGGUAGAGCAAGAAAGCACACGAAUAUUACAAAGAUUUUUUUUUUCAUUUUUUCCCUACAAUUU